CGAAGGCUGGGAACUGAGGGGACCCGCGCUUCUGCAGCCUCGGUGGGGGCGCUCAGGUCAGAAUGGAGAACAAAGCCAUGUACCUGCACACCGUGAGCGACCGGGACACCAGUUCCAUCUUUGAGGAGCCCUUUGAUGGCAGGAGCCUGUCUAAGCUGAACCUAUGCGAGGAUGGUCCAUGCCACAAACGACGAGCAGGAGGCUGCUGCACUCAGCUGGGCUCCCUGUCAGCCCUGAAGCAUGCUGUCCUUGGGCUCUACCUUCUGGUCUUCCUGAUUCUUGUGGGCAUCUUCAUCUUAGCAGUGUCCAGGCCCCGGAGCUCCCCGGACGACCUGAAGGCGCUGACUCGGAACGUGAACCGGCUGAAUGAGAGCUUGCGGGACUUGCAGCUGCGGCUGCUGCAGGCUGCGCGGCAGGCGGACCCGACCGAGCAGGUGUGGAAGGUGCAGGACGCGCUGCAGAACCAGUCGGAGUCGCUGCUGGCGCUGGCGGGCGCCGUGCAGCGGCUGGAGGGCGCGCUGUGGGGGCUGCAGGCGCAGGCGGCGCAGACGGAGCAGGCGGUGGCCCUGCUGCGGGACCGCGCGGGCCAGCAGAGCGACGCGGCGCAGCUGGAGCUCUACCAGCUGCAGGUGGAGAGCAACCACAGCCAGCUGCUGCUGCGGCGCCACGCGGGCCUGCUCGACGGGCUGGCGCGCAGGGUGGGCGUCCUGGGCGAGGAGCUGGCCGACGUGGGCGGCGCGCUGCGCGGCCUCAACCACAGCCUGUCCUACGACGUGGCCCUGCACAGCACGCGGCUGCAGGACCUGCAGGUGCUGCUGAGCAACGCCAGCGAGGACACGCGCCGCCUGCGGCUGGUGCACAGGGGCAUGGAGCUGCAGCUGCAGCAGGAGCUGACCGUGCUCCGCACGGUCACCGAGGACCUGCGCCUCAAGGACUGGGAGCAUUCCAUCGCGCUGAGGAACAUCUCUCUCGCCAAAGGACCACCGGGCCCCAAAGGUGAUCCGGGAGAUGAAGGGAAGGAAGGCGAGCCUGGGAUCCCUGGAUUACCUGGACUUCGAGGGCUGCCAGGGGAGAGAGGCACCCCAGGACUGCCAGGCCCCAAGGGCGAUGAUGGGAAGAUGGGAGCCACAGGACCCAUGGGCAUGCGCGGGUUCAAAGGUGACCGAGGCCCAAAAGGAGAGAAAGGAGACAAAGGGGACCGAGCGGGGGAUGCCGGUGGCAUGGAGGCCGUGAUGAUCCGGCUGGUGAAUGGCUCGGGGCCGCACGAAGGUCGCGUGGAGGUGUACCACGAGCGGCGCUGGGGCACCGUGUGUGACGACGGCUGGGACAAGAAGGACGGCGACGUGGUGUGCCGCAUGCUGGGCUUCCGCGGCGUGGAGGAGGUGUACCGGACAGCGCGGUUUGGGCAAGGCACAGGGAGGAUUUGGAUGGAUGAUGUCGCCUGCAAGGGUACAGAAGAUUCCAUCUUCCGCUGCAGCUUCUCCAAAUGGGGGGUGACAAACUGCGGGCACGCUGAGGAUGCUGGGGUGACGUGCAACAGACACUGA